GUGACGUCACUCAUCUAACCGCAGCAUAGCGACCGAGCUGUAGUCGGUUACUGAAGGAGAACCGCAACCGCUUUAAAGCCGGAGGGACAAAAAAAUAUAAUAAAAAACACAAAACAUUGGACAAAAUACGCAACUUUUUUCCUGGAGAAGACUCAUUUAGCAAACGUGGUGGAUUUUAAUUCUAAAGAACACACCGACAAACCUGGAAUGUACUCGCUGGUUAACUGUUUUUCGAGCUACACAGCUAACUAAGCUAACUAGCUAAACAUGGAGGGUAGAAAUUGAGCCAAAAAAAAAAAAAAGACAGAAAAAACAAAUAUGAAGAUUCUUCAUGCACGCGGCCUAAAUUCUGUAUUAACAUCCAUCUAAAAAAUAUUUUAACUCUUUAAUUCACAGUGUCUGUUGUUUAGUUGAGUUUCCAUGGACGGUAUAAUGUUACUUUUUUAAGUUGUCUAGCUAACCAGCUAAGUUUUUAGAGACUCACGCGCGUGUAUUUAGAAAGAUUUUUAUCUGCUUUGGUGCUAAUAAGAAUAAUAAUAACAUUUAAAACUACUAACGCACGACUGUGUGUGUGAUACAGCAGAAAUUUUACGACAUUUUGAGUAAUGAAAUGCAGUGGAGAAGUGUUCCUGUGUUCUUCAGAGAUGCUCCGGGUCGCCUGUGAAAGAAAAUAAACUAUCAGGAAUACUACUAAUAAUAAAUAAUAAUAAAUAAUAAUAAUAACAAGAAGAAGAAGAAGAAGACGUCGUGAUGAAAAGUCGGGAAAAUCCGGGACACGUCGCGGUGCUUGAGGGUUUUUAAUGGCACUUUGGGCGUCGGAUGUGGAGCCACGACACCCCGAAAACAACCCCCAUGGUUCUGAUCGUUUUAGAAGAUAUAUUACAUGGAGACUAGUUGGUCAUGCCGAGGAAGGAGUUACCGUUGCCAGAGGGUUGGGAAGAAGCCCGAGAUUUUGACGGGAAGGUCUACUACAUUGACCACAUCAACCAGACCACCAGCUGGAUCGACCCCAGGGACAGGCACACUAAGCCCUUGACCUUCGCUGAUUGUAUUGGAGAUGAGUUGCCUCUGGGAUGGGAGGAAGCGUACGAUCCGCAAGUCGGCGCCUAUUACGUCGACCAUAACACAAAGAGCACUCAGCUGGAGGACCCGCGGGUGCAGUGGCAGCGCGAGCAGGAGCUCAUGCUCCGCGAGUACCUCAACAUAGCCAAGGAAGCGCUGAGCGCCCAGAAAGAGAUUUACCAGGUCAAAGAGGAGCGGCUUCGACUGGCACAGCAGCAGUACAAGCAGCUCAACGACGCCUGGAGGGACAAGUCUUCCUCACAGACCAGCUUAAAUUCCAGAUCCUCAUCAAGCAGUAAAUAUGACCCUGAAAUUCUCAAGGCGGAGAUUGUGACCGCUAAGAGUCGGGUGAGUAAGCUGAAGAGAGAUCUGGCCUGCAUGAGGCAGGAGCUGCUUUAUAAGGAGCAGGGGUUCGAAACGCUGAAAGAAAUCGACCACAAGCUGGCGAGCGCUUCGUACGGGUACAAGCAGCACGAGGCCCAAGCCAUCCUGAAGGAGGUCAGGACGAUUAAAGAUGCCAUCAGCUCUGGGGAAAGAGAAAAGCAAGAGCUCAUGCAGAAACUGGCUGUGCUGAAAGAUGGCUUCCAUUUGGAUUACGGCUCUCAGACUGAGCUGUGGGCCAGUAACCCCUCUCUGGCCAACUCCAACCUGUCGCUCCCUCGCCUCUACUCGGACGCAGAGUCCCAGACGGACAUACCCGCUGAGUUGGUUUCGAUCUCCAAUAAGCUGGCUGAGAAAGUACGACUGAGCUUGAAAUAUGAAGAAGCGAAAAGGAGGAUUGCAAACAUUAAAGUCCAGAUAGCCAAGUUGGACAACGAGUCGUGGCCCGGUUUGCUGGACCCUGAGCGAGACCGGCUCAUUCUCAUCAGCGAGAAAGAGGAGCUGCUGAAGGAACUACAAUACGUCAAACCCUGCAAGCGCGCUCCCAGCGAUGCCGAGAAGAUCGAAACUGAGAAAAAGCGUCUGGAGCAGGACCUGCAGGCGGCACGCGACAGCCAGAGCAAAGCUCUCACGGAAAGGUUGACGUUACAUUGCAAGAGGAACAAAUUGGUGAAGGAGCUGGAGGACGUCGUGAGGCAGGCGUCCUCGCUGCACACCCAGCUGAAGAGCCUGUCAGCUAGCACGCUGUCCUGUUCGUCAGGCAGCAGCCGAGGUUCUCUGACGUCCAGCCGCGGCUCGCUGGCCGCCUCCAGCCUCGGCUCUCUGUCGUCUCUCAGCUUCACUGACGCCUACUUGGAGCACCAGACCGAGCUGAGCGACCCGGAUUUCCAGGUCAAGUUGGACUCGUUGCUCAACGAGAGCACUUCGUCUACCUACAGGCCCUCCAGCUCCAUCCCCACCAUCCACGAGAACGAGGUGACGUCGGGGCCGGCCGCCGGCGCCGCAGGUCAGGGUGCAGGCCUACGCGCUCACGUGCUCCGUCUAUCCGAGACACCCCGCUCCAUGAGCUCGCUGUCUCCACGCUCAUCACUCUCUUCGCUCUCUCCACCCUGCUCACCCCUCGUCCCCGACGCCUCAUCGCUGGCCGGAGAGACUUUUUCAGGUUCCGCCUCCCAGCUUGACCUGGAGCUGCAGGCCCGGCUCAGCGAGCUCAGCCUGCAGGGGGACGCUAAGCAGGAUGCCACUAAAGAUCUCGAUUCCCAAACAAGGGUCCUGGGGUCCGGCUCAAAGAAAGUGGGCGUGACGUCGGCCGUGUCGGACGAAUCGGUGGCGGGAGACAGCGGCGUGUAUGAGGCUUCAGAGAAAAGGCCUGGAGUCGCCGCCGAGCAGCUGUUGGUUGAUGAAGACGGGGGAUUAGUCAGCUGCGCUCAGAUCAGACUGGGCCUGAAGUACGAGGCUAAAGAGAAGCGCUUUGCCAUCUUCGUCAUGCAGCUGACCAACUGCAGCACGCUGUCUGUUCCUGCCAGCCAGAACAUGUACGUUCGGGUGGUAGUGCUGCCCUGUCCAGAGGCCACUCGCUGCCUGUUCCGCACACGCAGCUCACAGGCUCACGACACACUGGAGCUCAACGAGGUGUUCGCCGUGCAGCUUUCCCCCACUGCCUUCAGACAGAAGACCCUCCGCAUCGACGUCUGCUCCACCACCAAGUCCAGAAGAGAGGAGUGUCUGGCCGGAGCUCAGAUCAGUUUGGCUGACAUCGAGUGUUCGGAGGAUUGGUGUACCAAGUGGUACAACCUCCUCAACUACAUGCUCAUUGCAGACAUGAAUGGCAAGAACAAAGAGCUUGAGGCUCCCACGCAGUCCGAGGAGACAAUAGACCGCGCCUCAGAAAUCCAAGCAGCUAACGUGAAGACGGCGGAGACAGACUGGCAAAUGGAGCCUCUAGAGAGCGACGUGUUUGUGGACGGAGUGGGCAGCGACAUCGAGGGGGAGGAGUUUAACUCGGAAGGCUGUCAGUGGGAAGCGGAAGUGGAGGAGGAGGAGGAGGAGGAGGAGGAGAAGCAAGUGGAGGCAGCCAAGCCUCCUUCAGCAGCAGCAGCAGCUCUUCCCGAAAAGGUGAAUAAGGAGACGAGCAUGGAGGGCCUCCCUCACGCCGCCUCCGUGGUCCGGCCCAAAGAGCGACGGCUUGAGCUGAAUCAGCAGAACCCUUUUGUCAGGGGAAACACUAUAAUUCGCUCCAAGACCUUUUCUCCUGGUCCACAGAGCCAGUACAUCUGCAGGAUCAACCGCAGCGACAGCGACAGCUCCACUUUGUCCAAGAAGUCUCCUUUCGUCCGGAACGCCUCCGAGAGGCGCAGUGUCCGUAUUAAAAAGCCUCCGAUGCAGAUGCGGGGUUUGGACGGUGUGAUGCGCACUGCUCUGGACCUGGAACUGGAGCUGCAGGCGUCUCGGACCCGCCACAGCCGGCUGAACGAGGAGCUGCGGGUGCUGCGGCAGCUGAAGGAGCAGAUGGAGAGCGCGAGGCAGCAGGGCCAGCGCAACCUUCCCGCAUGGGUGCAAGAGGACGAGCGCUUCCGAUUGCUGCUCACGCAGGCCGAGAAACAGACUCAGGAGGAACAGCUGCAGGAGCAGAGAGUGGAGAAGAUGAUGCGAGCGGCAGCUAAGGAGGUGCACAAGAUCCGAGGACAGAGCCGCAAAGAAGGUCCCGAAGUCCAGUCCUUCAGAGAGAAGAUGGCCUUCUUCACGCGAGUAAAGAUAAACGUUCCUGACCUACCAGCUGAUGAUGUAUAGACCACAAGCAAGAGUCUUAACUGCUGUUUCACUGAAGAAGAAUCUGACCUCUGGUGGUAUUAUGAAGAAUGAAUUAUUAUUGCAGAAAAUUAAGUGUAUGUUGAGUAGGAAAAUGUCAAUUUUAAAACACUGGGUUUUAGCUCUCAGUUAAAAAUCUGUAGAUUCUUUCUCCUUUUUUUUUUUUUUUUUUUUUUUUUUUUUUUUUAAAAAUUGUACCAACAACCACAUUUUUUUUCUGUCUGUAGCAAUAUGUUUUUCUUUUACUACUAAUAAUUGUAUACUGGUAUCUGUACUAGUUUUUUUUUUGUUUUUGUGAUAGUCGAUCAUUCCAAAACACCAGUGUGUUGUUUUUUUAAAUAACACAAGUAGAGGGGGAAAAAAGAAGAGUCGGCUUGCUGUAACUCGAUUAUGUGAAUACGGAUCCUUAAGGUACUUUUAUGAUUGAUAGCACAAGGUUUUGGAAAUCACUGUUUAGAUGUAUGUUGGUAUGGGUAAAUUAGUUAAACAGAAACAAAAACGUGAACAGAUACGCCAGUGAUGUCUCGCUACGAGCAGGGAUGUGUUUAAUCCCGGACUGGCGCGUUCUCUUUAAACAUUUAACACUAUAUACGAGAAAAAAAUUAGCUAAAUCUAAAGUGCAGACUAACGGUAGCCAAAAUUGGUUUUAAUGUUUAGUUAGCUCAGUGAUAGCUAGCUGUAACUCCUGAUCAGCGUCACUACCUGCUGGUCCUGAGCAUUUGUUUGUUUGUUUGUUUGUUUGUUUGUUUGUUUUUAGAAGUAUAAAACUUUUUUGUCCACAAGGCACAGCACACAACGCAGCGUCCAUAAUCCCAGCAAUUAUAUUUAAACUGCACUUAGUCGUCCCACAGCCUCUCAGGUAGAAUUUGGCUAGUUCAUGCACUUUAAUAGCUAGUAAUCAGAGAGUGGGGAAAGCAAUCACGGCACGUUGUAACUAUCAAGCACAAAAAACGAAGAAGGCCUGAUGCAUGCUCUCUUUGACCCUGGAAUGAAAACUGGGAAAGUCGUUCCGAGGACGUUCUGUAAUAGAAAUUAUUUUGUUUUCAUUUUUGAAGUCCCUGAAAUUAUUAUUAUUAUUAUUUUUUUUUUAAAGGCCAGAUUUUUUCUAAGACACUCGUCUAAUCCCUCUUCAGCUUCUCCUCAUCCAAAGCUGGAGAUCACGUUUCUCCCUGCUUCAGUUCUGUGCUCUGUCCUGCAGAAAGCUGUGAUCUCUCAGCUAAUGAAAUAUAUAAAAAUGGCUCUGUGCCACUGAGCUCUGCUUGUGCUUUUGCUUUUAAAAAAAAAGACUCUAUCUAAUAUUUCUUAUUAUGAGAUUAUUAUAAAUCAAAUAUAAGAUUAUUCUGCCUGUUUUUACACAUUUCAGGCUUUAAAUUUUCUUUCUGUUGGCAUUUCUGCCAUGGCAUGCACUACUGGUCUGCCAGUAGAAGCUGCUAGUAAAAAUGAAAUUAGUAAAAAUGUCUAGAAAUAGGUUUAAACAUCAUAUAUUUGAUUUACUGUUAUCUCUAAAAGGAAAUGCUAGAUAAAUUUGAGUAUAUUCAAGAUAUAUUCACUUCCUUUUUUUUUUUUUUUUUUUUUUGCGCAGUGGAUCCUUAUAUGGUUGUGUUUAAAGUUCUCCGACGCUAGUAGACGCUGAAUGUUUUCAUCACCUUGCUGUCCUUCCGACUCUUAAAGACCACGAUGCUUAUUUAGAGCACUUUGAUGAUCUCUGCUUUUCAGGUACUUGUGCUGCAAUCCACUGUACUCAGAACUCUGCAAGUUCCAAGUCGAUUUUCUCAGAGUUCGGAUCUAAACUAUAUUAAGCUUGGAAAAAGACGGAUGCUCCUAUUUAUAUGUCUGAUCUCUGAAUUUGAGAAACAAGUUAAUAAGAUCUGUAUGAAUUAUUUCUGCGUGAUUAGCAAAGAGAAACGCAAAAAUGGUCUUAAAGCUGCAUGUUAAGUAAAAACAAAUUCUUUGACAUAGAAAAAAAGGCGAAGGGAAAUCUGUGCACCUCUGUAUUGUUGUGAGGUCAGCUGUGUUUAUGUCUAUGGUAGAUGUUGCCCGAGUUUCUGACACGGAAUUCCGAGCUGCAUUGAACUUUUCCAUGCCGUGGGUCAGGUUCCUUUUUUUUUUCUUUUCCCCACUUUUUUUCCUUUUUUCCUCCUCCCUCGAGUUCUCAGUACAAUGGAUUGCAGCAUUAAAACAGUUUAUGAUGCCUAUGCUGCAGUCGACCUUCUUUAGAAGUGGGAAUUAGAAAUCCUAGAAUUAGGAUCAUCAUUUUUGGCACGUGUAUGAGCUACAAAGCAGGAAUAAAAACCCUUGCUUUUUCACUUGCUGAACUCGGGUAGGAAUUCCAAGAUGAGGCGGUGUUUUUUGUUUUGUUUUUCCUAGUCAGUGGUCUGAGUUAGGAGUUUCAUUUGAAUGCAGCAUAUGACAUUUUAAACCACUGUAGGAUGAAAGUUGAAACCACUAAAACAUCUGGUACAUGCACUAUGUAGAUUUCUGCCUGCUUGCAUCUGAUACACCUCGGAUGGGACCAGGAAGUAAUCAAUCAGCAGCACCGGAGAGUCCGUAAAUCGUUUAAAAAUCCAACAAGACAGAUCCAAAAAGCUCGACACACAUGAUGAAGGUGAUGCAGGAUGAUUGUUUGGUCCACGCAGCGUGCGUUCAGAACUGGACAGUUAAGAUUUAGAGCUGAACAACGUGCCUUGAUCCCAACAAACUCAGAACUUACUUAUUAACUUAAUUCAAGUUUUCCCCCUUACUGCGUUCUUCCAUCGCUUUGCACCUUGAGAAACAAAACAAAAAAAAAAAACCCAGCAACGAUUGUCUCGUCAGCACCUUUCUCUUCCAAAUAACAGCAACCCUGCACAUUCCGCACGUCUUGCACGAAGUCCCGAGAGCAAAUUGAUUUUGAAAAGCUUUACAUAUAACCAAAUAUCUCAUAGUUGCAUCACGUCUUCUCCACUGUGUUACGCAUUUCAUCUCAUGACUCAAUGUUUCAAAGAACACUUUCUGAAUACUCCGUUAAUCCAUUACUUUCCAUUCUGCACCUCGUUCCAUCUGAUUUUCUUCGCGAUUAGAUCGAGUUCUCGCGCACUGAGGCUGGUCAGCUCGUGCACUGCUGUGGUGCAAACGCUUACGAAACAAAAAGCCUAAACUGGAGUCUUUUUUUUUUUUUUUAAAAAAAACACCUGUAUGUUUUGGUUGAAGACUGGAAUCUGAAUGUGUGAAAAACAAACGUUUUCCUUUAAACAGCGUGCACUGUAUGUAGCUGAAUGUGAAUUGUUACAUUGAAACACUAAGAUAUCUCUCUUUCUUUUUCACUAAACUGGAAGUCUUACCUUGUAGAAGAGCAGGUCUGGAGGACGUUCAAGACGUUGGUUGUGAAUUACCUCGGUGCUCUUUUACUGUUCAGACCCGAGGCUCUGACAGGACGUGCUUAUCUAACACUCUGAUUGUUGUAAUCGUUAUAAUCAUGUCAAAAACAUGUAGAACUUUUUUUUUUUUAGACAGAAAAAAUCAUCAGCCACUGAUGCUGGUAGUCAUGAAUGAUUUGUUAGCGAUAUAGACUUACAAUAGGAUUCCUGUUUUGAUGCGUUUGAUGUCUUUUAAUUUUUUGUUUUUAAAUCCAGCAAAGAUGGAAGAAGAGCCGGGUCUUUCCACUAAAGGCGAGGCGAUUUUGACAAACGCAGCAUGUAUUUAUUGCACUUUUGUGAUUUGGGUGUGCUGUUUUUUUUUUUUUUUUUUUUUUUUUUUUUUUUUUUUUUUUUUUCCUUUCCUUGUGAGACUUAUGAAAGCUGUGAAUUUCUCCCAUCGACACUGUACUGUCAACAAAAAAUUGUAAAUAUGUCACCAGCACAAGAACAUGUUUUGUAGUUUCACAACAAAUAUAAAAAAGGUUCUUUGC